AUGUUCAAAUUAUCAUUGCCCCUUUCCAAAGUGAACAACACCAACAGCGAGGAAGGAGUGGCGGUUGAUCGUGGUACUUCUUCUUCUGAUACAACAACAACAACCACAAAUCAUGAAAAUUCCAACUCCACGUCCGUUCCAAGCAGCACAACAAGUAAUGGCAUUACUAUUCCGCCCGUAUCAUUAUCCAAUUUGAAAACCGUCAUCUCUUCCUCGUCAGACAACAACAAUGACACGUCCUAUGAUGAUGAUGAUGAGGAAGAUAUCAAGGACUAUGAAAUCUUCUCAAAUGGAAAAUCAGCAAGAGGUACAACAACAAACAGUAGCAGUGCCUCCUUCUUUUCUUCCAUUUCAUUUGAUACUGACCCAAUUCCAAUUGAAGCUAUGAGCAAGUUGAUUGGAUCAUCCCCAUCAACAGGCCAAGACGCAACUCUCUACACGAGCAAUAUCAAAUUAUUCGAAUGUUUUGAUGCUACCUCAUCAUCCCACAAGAACUCUUCGGACAAGGUCUGGAAACGAGAGUUUAAAACAAGACCUCUCCAUAGUCUGGUCUCGAGCACAAUAUCAUCAUCCUCUCGCUCCUCACAAUUCAAUACAACUUCGUGCUAUAUUGUUCUCCACCUCUAUCAUCAUUCUCACUUGAACUCGACAACAUCACCACAACAAUCCAACAAACAUGCCUUCCCAUUCGCCACUAUUGACGAAUCAUCGACUCGAGAUGAAACUAACUUUAGACUACUCGAACAACUCUUCACAAUUGGCUCUCUAGAUGGAUCUAAUGGCAUGACAGAUUGUGCCUUCACACCGCGUGGUUUAGAGUAUCCAUUUGCUAGUACCCGAUUAGACUCCUCACAACACAACAAGUACCUCUUCGAUCUCUAUGUAUGGUACGGAAAGGAGUCAAGUGAAUUUGUCAAGAGCAGAACCAUUGAGAGAGCACUCCACUUGGAAUCAUUGUUGCAACAACCUCAUGCUGUUAGAGCAGUUAUUCCACUCUGGAAAACCACAAUCAUUUGA